CCAAGGCCCCGCAUAGGUGUCGCCAUUGGAGACCAAAUACUUGACUUGAGUGCGCUGCUGCACUUGUUGCCUGCUACUGCUCACGAUGCACUCAGCCAGCAUGACUUGGGUGCGUUCAUGGGACUGGGUUCGGCAGCGUGGAAGGAGACAAGGGCAGCUCUGCAGCAGCUUCUGUCUGCAGAUGAAGCCACGCUGAGGACGACCCAACUACACGAGCCAGGUAGCUCUGCUUCCGAGUCUGCUGCAACUAUGCAUCUUCCUGCCCAUCUAGGCGACUACACGGAUUUCUACUCAUCCAGGGAGCACGCGACCAACGUGGGAACCAUGUUCGGCAUUGACAAUGCGCUAAUGCCUAACUGGCUCCACCUUCCCGUUGGAUACCAUGGCAGGGCUUCCUUUAUCGUUGUCUCCGCUACGGACCUACACAGACCCCACGGCCAGACUAGACCGGACGAGAGUGAGUUUUGCUCUACUUCGCGUCUUCAUAGUGUAAUGAUGCUGGAUGUGUCGAUAGAUUUACAACCAGGGCGGCCAUCAGCCUCUGAAAAUAUCCCCAUUUCGGCCAAUGUGCAUAUGUUCAGGAUGGAACAGCUGGUAUCAAUUAUUUUCACAGCUCGCGAUAUUCAAAAGUGGGAGUAUAUUCCUCUUGGGCCUUUCCUCGGUAAAAGCAUGGGAACGACCAUUUCUCCGUGGGUCGUGACAAUGGAUGCCCUGGCACCAUUCACCGUUCAACAAUCGCAACAGGAUCCCUUGCCACUCCCGUAUAUACAGCAAGAUAAGCGUUGCUCGUAUGACAUCAAUCUAGAAGUAGCGAUCAAACCUAAAGAUGCCACUGUGGGAACAACUGUAUGCAAGUCCAAUUUCAAGCACAUGUACUGGUCAAUGGAGCAGCAGCUGGCACAUCACACCGUCAACGGCUGCAACGUGAAUCCUGGUGAUUUAAUGGCAUCCGGCACCAUCAGCGGACCGACGCCGGAUUCCUAUGGUUCGAUGCUCGAACUGUCAUGGAAGGGUACUAAAACGGUUGACCUUGGUAAUGGGCAGGUCAGGAAGUUUUUACAAGAUGGCGAUGAAGUGACGAUGACAGGUUAUUGUCAAGCAAACGGCUACAGGGUUGGUUUUGGCUCGUGCACCGGAAAAGUCUUGCCUGCUCUUUCUGCGCAAUAGAACAGUCGGUGCAGAGUUGCUGGUGCUAUAUGUUGAUAGCACGUGUAAAUGCAUGAAAAUCAUAACAAUUGAUAUCCGCGCGAUAUAGUUAAUAUAGGUGAGGAAGUUACGUAGGGGAAAGAUAGAGAAAUCUUCACGUGGUUAGUGCUCGUGCUCUUUCUGCUGUUACCAUGACGAUGCUCAAAUAGAUAAUCGUGCCUUAUAAUUACUGAUGUGUGUAUCACUGAUAAUAUCUUUUUAGUGAGCGUUAAUUAGGAAGUAGAAGAUUAGUUGAAGGACAACGUUGAGUCUCUGCUAGAUUUAAUAUCAAACAGUACGUUGAUAAUGUUGGUUGACACAUUUAUCAUUACCGAUGUAGGCAGUUUAUAAGCGUUAUGCCUAACAAUUUGGUGCUGUCGUAAUCAAAUGUGAUAUUUUUUGAUCACCCAAUCAGUUUUGUAGACACUAUCAAUUGUUGAUACUAAGAAAAUUCGUUGUUUGCAUUUUAUUACUCGUGCGAAAUGUAUAGUGUCAAACAGCUGUUACUGCAUACGUGAUCAUUUGCAAAGUGUACUUUUCACUGUCCAAUUUUUUUAAAGUGAAAAUAUAUAUCUGAUAGAUUUCUAGUCAGUUUACAUUUCGCCAAAGAUCUGUUAGCUAGCAAGUUCAUUUUAUUCAUUGUCAUUAUAUAGUUGAUAUUCAAGGCAAAAGCAAUUUAAUGAUUUUUAGGGAAAUGAUUCACGUAGGUAAUUAUAAGACAUUUUUCAAUCAAAAUAUCAUACUAUAAUAUACAAAAGAACGGUAUUUC